AUGCCGGGUCCCGCCCCGCUGCUGGUAGCUCCGCCGCCGCCGCACGGGCGAGACAUCCCCGAGCGCGUAUACGUCGCUGCGGCCCUGUUUCCGCCGCCAGUUCGCCGCCGCGUGGAGCUAUCAGCGAGCGCCCCGAGAGGUGGCGCGUUUGAUAAGGGCGUCUCGUCGUUGCCAGUCUCCGCGCGUCUGCAGUCUCCGCGGCGGCUCGCUGCGAUGGGCGACGGCUCCCCGCCCGCCGGCACGCCGACGGCCUCCGUGUCGCCCGCAGUCGCGGGCCUCGGCUCCGUUCUGCGCCUCGUGGCCAGCGACAAACAGACAGAGAAAGGCAUGCGCGACUGCCGCCGGGCGUCGCCUACACGGCGCAUCGUCGGGGCGCAGAAUGCGUUUCUGUUCUCCUCGCCUGGAGAGGCUGGCGCGUUGCGCGCAGGCGUAGGAAGUUAUCGUGCCGUGCAGCAGGGGCUGCCUGUCACGCCUCCGCGGACUUCGCUGUCACCGAGCUCGCUGUCGCCCAACUCGCUGUCGCCGCUCGUUCCUGAAAGCUGCAGGCGGUCUCCUCGACACGCCGCCGCAGGCGAGGACGACGCGCGACGCGCCUCGUCUUCUUCUUCCCUCGCUUCCUCCUCUGCUUCGUCCUCGUCUCUGGCCGUCCAGCGGAUGGAUCGCGAAGAAUCCCGCGCGGCGCUCCUGGAGCCUGUUUCGGGGGGCGGCCUCGCCUUCUGUCCGCCGGGCGCCGCCGCCGCCGCCGCCGCCACAGGGCCCGCGCUCGCGGGGGAGACAGGCGGAUCGCCGAGGCAGGCGUGCGGCACGGGCUCGACGCCUCGGGCGCCGGUGAAGAAGCCCUUCCGCUACGAGCUCGUGCAUGCGAGUGCGCCGCCGGAUUUCGACAAAGAGCGCGUGUCGAGCUUCAGUCUGUCCUCACUCGACGACGGCCGCAGCGUGGGGAGUGCGCUGACGCGGAAGUCUGACCGCACCGUGGCGUCCGCGCGAGACGCGAAGGCCAGCCAAGAGGAGAGCGCGGCUGCUACUCGCGCCUUGCCUGGCGGCGCCAUGACGAAAGGGGCUCCUUCCGAGCGGCCGCCGCAGCCCGCGGCGGCGGUUGCGACCGCUGCGCCCUCAGAUGCAGACGCGUGUCCGCAGGGCGGCGGCGGAGGGGGCGAGGAGCAGGGCUCGCAGAGCGCGGGCGCCGCGCCGAACGUCCGGGUGCGCAGUGGCAAAGAUGACGCGUCGGGUUAUUCGUUCCUCGUGCCCCGGGGAUGGUCGCGGAAGUCCGAUAGAGACGAGGGCGCAGCUGGCGCGGGCGGUGCGGCCUCGUGGCUGGGCACGUGGCGAUUUUGGCACCAGCGCAGGGGCGGGGAUGGGAAGGGCGGCACCCAGGGGGACACGGCGCGCGAGGGCAGCGCGUCAGGCGAGCAGCCGCCCUGCGUGUACGCGCGGGUCACGAGUGGAGACUCGGGGCUUCCCCCCGGCGCGCCGCCGUCGUCGGCGCUGGAGAAGAAGCGGCGCGAGGGCGAGGGGACAGAGGAGACGCUGCCGGGCGGCGAGAAUCUGUUUACCGACGGCGACGACUCGCCGGCGCCGACGGAGAAGGAGGACGCGCCGGAGAGCUGCCAAGGGGGGGAGGACGGCGAAGAAGACGGGGGUGGCUUCUGGAGUUACGCGAAGCUGCCGCUGUGGCUGCGCAAGAGUCGCCGUCGUCAGUGGAUGUGUCUGGGUGUGCUGGUGCUGCUGCUGCUCCUGGUGAUAGGCUUGCCAGUUCUCUUCUGUCUGGUCGCGCCGCGGAUCGUCGCGGAGCAAGUCAAGGCGGCGAAGAUUCGGGUGCUGUCGACAUCGAUCGACCAGCCCGACGCGACCGGCUUUCUGUCGACGAUUGUUUUCGAGUUCGACUCCGCGAGUCCGGUGAGCGCGCGCGUCGCAGAUCUGCCGGUGGAGAUCUUCUGGUCUGGCCGAAAGGUGGGGAGGACUACGGUGCCGGCCUUCAACAUGGAUUCGUCGACGCGCACAGUGGCCUUCUCGUCUGACUUCCGCGUGACCGAUCGCGCGCGCUGGGACGCUUUCCUGACGAGCGUGAUGCGCGAGGGCGGGGGCGAGUGGCGCAUCGUGGGGCGUGCGAGCAUCCGCGCCCUCGGUCUGACGUUUAACGACAUCCCGUUCGACAAAACGGUGGCGAUUGAGGGUCCCCCGCUGCCUGGCACGCCCGCCGCGUUGCGACUCGCGGCCGAGGAGGGGAAGCAAGGCGGGCGGCAGAUCUUCCAGGUGAAGCAGAUGGACCUGACUGAGAGCGACGCCGACACGCUCCGCCUCCGAGUGCACGUCGACUUCCUCAACUUGAGCACGACGUCUAUCGACUCGCUUGGCGAGAUCAGCUUCCUCAUGCUCUACAAAGGCACGCCUGUCGGCGUCAUGCGCUCUGACGGCGCGAUUCGCCUUGUCCGCGGCGUCAACGAGUACACGUUUGUCGGCGAAAUCCAUCCGAAGGUGAUUCCCAUGGCGCUCGAGCUGGGCCUGACGCCGCGCCGCGCCGAAGCGGCCGAGGCCAAAAACGCCGGCGCCGAGCGCGGACUCCCCGCGCGGAGCGUCGAAGAGAUCGCCGCGACCCCGCGCAUGCCCUCUCCAGCCGACGUCGACGCCUUCCGCGGCGCGCUGUCAGAAAUGAUGUCGAGCUCGCUCUCUGGAGGCCAGGUGAGCGUGAGAACACUCGGAAUCCUCGCGACGCAGCCGCUUUUCGACGCGGCCGUCCGCGCGCUGUCUGUCGAGACUCCCGUGGAGAAUCUCUUCGACGCCUCCGAGACGCCAGUCUCUGCGAUGAACGUGCGCCAGCGCGGCGGCGGCGGUGUGAGCGGCACGAGUCGCUACGGCAGCGGGAAGGGCCUUGUGAAGGAAAUGCGCUUCGAUCACCUCGACCUCAGCGCGGACGCAGACGGUGAGAAUCGCGCCCGCAUCUCCGCGAAAGUCACCGUACGAUUCCUUAAUCCCCUCGGCAAGACGUCGCCGCUGGAGAUUCGACAGGUGACGAUUUCGGCGUCUCUGCGGCGCGGCGGCUUGCAAGGCACGCCCGUGGGAGUGAUCCACGGCGUGAUGGUCGCGACGGGCCCUCCGCAGCGCGUGGAGAAUCCCGAGAUCCCUCUGAACCGCGGUGUGACGGACUCGUGGGAGGCCGACGAGAAGGAGGCGAGCGGCAUCGCUGCGCACGCGCCGCAGCUGCAGACGUCCCUGCAGCGACAGGAGAAGCGAGUGAACUAUUCCGAGGGCGCAGCGGGCUCGGCCGGCGCCUUCCUCGCCCGCACGACGACCGCGGUCCCGAGCCGUGGCGCGUCUUCUGCGGAGGAACGCUCGCCGCGGGCGCUCGCUGCUCUGCCUGAGGAGAAGACAAACGUGCUGGUGAACACCUCGGAGAUGGACAUCACGUUUGAGAUGCAGGGCGCGAUCAACUUGGUCGAGGACGGCAGGCCGUUCUCCGCCUUCAUUCGCGAGGUGGUGACGGUCAACUCGUCCUUCGUCUCGCUCGCCUUCACCGAGUCCGAGGCGGAGAUUCAAGCGGUGACGGCCGUUGGGCCUCUCUCGCUGCAGCGCGUGCGACUGGACCAGACGCUCGCCAUGGCCUCGAUGGGCGACAUGCGCAACGUGAAGGUCGAGAGCUUCGAGGUGAUGGGUGAGGCCCCCGGCGCGUGGCUCAUCGCCACCCGCGUCGUCUUCCCCUCCAAGGCCCCGGCGUCGGUGUACCUGGGCAACCUCGGCCUUAAGCUCAGUUUCCAGGGCGUGCCAAUGGGCUACGUCGCCGGCCGCGACGUCUACAUCUCGCAGGGCGAAAACCGCAUCACCUUUUUCGGGCGACUCCAGCCUCCGCUAGACGCCACGGAGACAGUCUCGGAGUUCUUCUCCAGCGCAAUCGCGACCCCAGCCGCGCGCCGCGACGCGGAGACGCAGCUGGACGCCCAGGAGGGCGGCUCGGUCCGCGCCGAGGACGCGGCUUACGCGGAGGGCGCCGCCGGAGCGGACGAGGGGGAGGGCGAUGGGCUCGGCGGAGACCGAAGGCCCUCCGCAGUCCCGACGAUGGUGGUGUCUAUCUCGUCCGAGGCCACGACGCUUCUCGACUCUCUCCUCCACGAGGACGCAGCUGCGAGCCACGACCUGGGCGCCCCUGCCUUCCUUCUCGCUGGCGGCGCUCAGCCGCUGAAGCGGCCGCUGCGAUGGAUUCAGGACGGACUCGAGGGCGUCGUCAUGGAAGUCCCCAUUCCUCAAAUCGCCUCCUCUGCGAACCUCUUGCGCACAGUGAACAUGACGGGGCUGCGGAUGGUGCUGUUCGAUGCGCUGCAGGAGCCGUCGUCAGCAGCAGACGCCGAGGCGCGCCCGCGCCCGCCUGCGCUGCCGUCGCCGGCGGCCGCGGGGUUCGGAGCCACGGAGCGCAGCAGCCCGUUGGACAGCGCAGUUCCGAUGAAGGGCUUCAUCGAACUGUACCUGAACAACCCGCUGGGGAAGCGCCUGGCGCUGCGCAUGUCCGCGAUUGUUCUCGACGUCGCGCUCAGCGUUGAGCUGCCGGUGGAGGCGGCAGCGGUGCCAACCCCGGGCGGCACCGUGCGACCUGUCUUCGCCGCGGAUGCGCCCAACAACCGCAGCGGCGAGACGCGGCGCGUCGUCGUCGGGCGACUGCGGACUCAGCUGCGCGAUCUCCAGUCCGAGGCCGUAGGGCACCUUUUCGCGGAGGCGGAGGUGGGUGCGGAGCCGUUCAACGCGUCGGUCCUUCGGCUGGUUGUGCCGCUAGACGUGCCGCUGCAACUAGAGGGCGACGGGAGUGCGUUUGGUGAGUUUGUCGGCGCGUUCAUCGAGCAAGAGAGAGUCGAGAUGUUCGUCUCGGGGUUCGCAGACACCACCGUCCACACGGGCUUCGGCGACGUGCAGAUUCGCAACGUCGACGUGACUGCUUCGGUCCGCCUUCAGGGGCUGGAUGGCCUCAAGGGUUCCACGCUGCGCAGCUUCGAGAUCCGCGGCGUCGGGCGCCUCGCGCCCUUCCUCUUCGCCGACGAGACGCCGGCGCUCGAGGCACCGGAGGCUGCAGCUCCAGAACGCGCCGACGCCUGGAGCGAGGGUGCGCACGCCGAGGAUGCGGAGGCGGGCACGGGGGAGCCCUUCGCCCCCUCGAGGCGUCUGGCGGCAGAAGAGCGUGCGAAACAGAGAGAGAGAGAGGGGGAAGAAGGACUUCUCCUCACCGUCACGGCGCAGAUGCGGAACCCGUCUGAGGCGACUGUCGAAAUGGGCGCUGUCGAGCUUGACCUUAUUCACCUCGGGACGACCGUCGGCCGCAUGCGCGGAGCGAAACUCUUGCUCGCCCCUGGAGACAACUUCCUGAACCUCACUGGUGGCAUAAUUUUGAAUCGCGGGACAGAGCACGCAGUGUCUUCGCUGUUUUCGCGGGCGAUAUUGAACCAAGACCUCGACCUGUCUGUCGCGGUCUCACACACGUCGGCGCCUUCGCACGGGGAGGGCGGCGAGCGCGUGCGGGCGCCGCGGUGGCUGGCGCAGGCGCUGCGGCGGGCGAAGAUUCUCCCUGACAUCCCGCCGCUGGCGAAGCUGAUCCCAGGCAUGGAUGUCCGCACGCUGCUGGAGGACUUCUCGCUCGACGCACUCACGGUCGCGGCGGCCGGCGCCCCUGAGGCCGCGCCCGCCUCACUCGUCUUCGAAGCAGACACCAAGGUCCGUGCGAGAAAUCCCCUGGGUCACGCGCGCCUGCCGAUGCAAGUCGAGUCUGUGUCCUUCGCGGCCGCCGUCACCGACCUCCAGGGGCAGCCCGUCGGGCGGCUCUCGCUACCCGACACCCCCGCGACCACGCAGGUCAUCCUCGCGACUGCGACUGCGACUGCGGCUGCUGCCCAGCGAACAGACGCCGCACCAACGGACGCCGCGCAGUCGUCGCUCAUGGACGUCUACAUCAAGAUUGAAGGCUCGGAACUCGUCCUGGAAAACGGGGGCUUGGGCCUGGGGCAGACUGUGAGGGCGUACCUGCGACACCCGGCCGGGGGGCUGGGUCUGGUGGUUGCGGGCGAGGCCUCCGUGCGGCUGAGGAUUGGCGACAUUGCGGCACUGCACAUUCGCGGCUUGCCCGUCGAGAGAGAACUCGUGUUUGGCCGCUCAACCGAGCUGAAAGCCGGUUCCCAAGACGUGCGCGGCGCCUUCGCCCCGCGUCUCGAGACCUUCGCGUUCGACGGCGCGCAUCCGCAGGGCGGCGUGUGGGUGACGGCGACGGCCUCGAUGCAGAAUCCUGCACCGGUUCGCCUGCUGUUGCCGCGCCUGGUAUUCGACGUCACCUUCAACGAGACGCUCCUGGGGCACGUCUGGCUCGCGGAUCAAGUCGCGCUGCAGCCGUUCCCGCUGCCGACGCAACUCAGUGUUCGCGGUCACCUCUUCCGGCACGCGACCGCGCGAGGCCUCCACGACUUGAACGCGCUAGUGAAAGCUGCCCUCGAGCAGGUCACGCUGGGCGACGACGCGGAGGCAGAGGGCGAGGAGGGUCGCGGAGACGCGAGGGAGCCCGGGACAGCCGCGCCGGGCGCCUUCGUGACCAUCCGCGUCAACAUCCGCGCCGAUGUGCCAGACUCCCCGCACGGGGGCGACACAGAGCUUCUCGAGGAUGACGGCCUUGCUCUCGCGUAUCCGCUGCGCCUGCCUUCGGCAGAUCGCGCGGCCUUGUCGCUGUCGCCUUCGUAUGCCGGGUCGCAGAGCCUGCCGCAUUGGCUAGAAGUCGGGCUCGACGGCUUUGAGCUGCAGGCGCCGGUGGACGGGCGCCGCAUCCUGUCCGGUGACCUGGUGAAGGAAGUGGUGCUGAAGGCGCUGCUGAUUCGCGUCCAAGAGGGGUCGCUGGCGCCGGUGCUGCUGGACACGCUCCUGCGGCUCAGGCUGCAGAGUCCCUUCGGACCCGACGGGCUCUUGGCCAUUGAAAAGUUCGCCCUCGACGCCGACCUGCGCGACGUCACCCGCGACAGCGUCUUCGGCAAGCUCGUCUCACUGCAGCCAGGCGUCGCGCCCUCCGCCGCGACGGGAAAGGGCGCGCGUGAGGCGUUGUCUGCCCCCCCCGUUGGUGACGGGCGGACUCAUCCAUGCGUUUUUGAACACAGCGUCGACGCGGCGAGCGGCGUCUCUCGGGUCGCGACCUUUGAGGAAGAAGGCGCCGAGAGCGCCGCGCGUGCGCUGCAGCCUUCGGCGGGGACGUGCGCGGUCGACCUGCCGUUCGCGGGCUCGCUGGUCAUCACGGAUUCUGAGGCAUUUGCGGCCUUCGCCGCAUCGGCGGUGGGGAGCGAGGCCGCGUCUUCGCGACAGCCUGGCGCUGUGGUUCGCGUCGAGGGCGGCGCCGGCGUGGCUGUGGAGACUCCGCUAGGCCGUGUGGAGGUGGAGAGAAUCGCCAUUCGGCAGACGCUGCCCUUCUCGGGCAUGCAUGCGAUCCUCAAGCGCCUCAUAAGUGGCGUGCGCAUGGAAGCCUUCGAGGUCAAGCGCGUCGUGCUUGACGACGAAGGCAAAGACCGCAUUCUGUUUUCUGCGCGGGUCCGCCUCGGCGAGGUGGCCGCAGAGGGCGACGCCCAGGCGCAAAGCGAGGCCGAGCGCGCCGCGGAGGCGGCGGCCGUCGAGGCGGUGGAAGUGCAUGCAGGCGACUUGGCCUUCGACCUCAUCGCGAGAGGAAAAAUUGUGGGGACUGUGGCGACAAAGAACGCCGUGGUCGGCGACCUCAGCUCGGAGCAGCGGCGAGGCAGAGAACUCCUUGUGGAGGGCGAACUCUUUGAUGACUCGAGCGCGAGAGGCACGCCCGACUCCGGGAUCCUCCAGCUCAUGCGAGAUGCUGUCGGCAGCGACAGACAAGUCCACUUCCUCAUCAGAAGCAACCGACGCAUGCGGGAAGGCCAAACCAAGCCCCUCUGGCUCCUCGACGCCAUCGACCAGAUGCAACUCAGACCGUCGCUCUCCGGCAUUGAUUCGGCUCUGAGCCUAGUUCAGGGCAUGCAGCUGCGGUCGUUGGCGAUCGCGGUUCUGGACUCGACACGGAUCGCGACAGACGCGACAGUGAGCGUCACGGCGCGCAAUCCACUCGGGAAGGACGCGAAAAUCGAGAUCGAGGAGUUCGCUGCGGACAUCAAGCUCUUUUCGCCGGCAGUCGCCGCUGCGCCUCGUCGCCGCAGCAGCGUCUCCGGGGCCCCGCGCCGGUCGCUUCGCCCCGCGCGGCUCUCGCCGGCCGCCGCGUCGUCGUCUGACGAGCCGAUAGCGUUCCUGCGCCUGGCGUCCCGUGUGCCUGCCGGUCAGCGCCAGGAGGGCGAGACGCUGCACCUCGAGCUGCCGCUGAGCCACGCCCGGUUUGGCGACGUGUUGGAACUCGCAGAGGACGGCUCCCGGUUUGGGGACUACGUCGCGGCGGUUGUGAACGACGAGGCAGGCCCGACGCCCUACGAGGCGACGGUUUUCGCCAGGGUCUCGACGCCCUUCGGAGCCUUCGCGGUCGAGGGCCUCAAAGUCCGCGCGGCCGCCGACCUCCUGCAGAUCGCCGCAUCGGGCUCGGGGCCGCGCCCGGCCGCGGAGACAGGCGGAGCGGCGGCGGCGGCGCCAGCAGGCGAGGGCGGCGGGGAGGCUGCAGGAACUGGCGGCGGGCUGCUGGAAGACAUCAAGUUCGAGCUGCUUGACCUCAAGUUCCGCGGCGAGAAGGAGACGCGGGCGCUGGACUCGGGGGCGGCGUUCGACGCGGUCGUCGCGCUGCAUUUGCCUCUGGACCUGUCCCUAUCGCUUGGCUCGCUUGCCUUCCAAGUCGAGAUCCCUCACACGCCGGAUUUCUCGAAGCCAGCGGACCCGGAGGCGCGGGCGGCGGCGCCGGCCUCGUUCCUCGGCUCGCUGACGCUGGCAAACCUCACGCUACGCCCUGGAGUCUCGAAGCUGGAAGUUACCGGCCUCUUAGAUCCCGCAGCGGCCGACCUGCCCCAAGUCUCCGCCUUCCUCUCCGCGGCCGUGCAAGGCGCGUCGCCGCACGCGCGGAUCCUCGGGCAGCGCGUGGAGAUGAAGGGUGGCGUGCCACCGCUGUGGCUGUCGAAGACGGUGAGUGCGAUGCGCCUGUGGGUCGCGAUGCCCGCCGCGGGCCUCGACGCGUUCGUGGCCAGGUCGUUCGCCAACAUCUCGCUGAAGAACGUCGGACUCUCGGCCGUCUCCGAGGCUGUCCGCGGCCGCGACGACGUGGUCGCCCUCAGCGCCGACGUGACGGCGGCGCUGAACAGCCCGUUCGGCGAGGGCUCGCGGCUCAUCGUACGCCGCGUCGGCGUCGAUGUCGAGCUGAAGCGGCGUCGGGAGCCCGCCACGGGGGGCAGCAGCGAAAGACCGGCUGCAGCCGACGCGGAGAGGCACGCCGCGCGGCGCCUGCAGGCGAGUGAAGGUGACGCACCGGCGGGGACCAGUUCGUCCUUUUCCGCGCUGUCCCUCUCGUCGGUCUCGCCGGUGUCGGAGGCGGAGCUGGAGACGGUGGGGCGGCUGGUCUUGGAGGACUUGCCGCUGCGGCAGGUCGGCGAGGAGGUUCACGUCCAGCUGGCGGACGCGUUGCUUCGCUUCGAGGACGAGGGCAGCGCGUUCGCGAAGCUCGCGCUGGCGCUGAUGCAGGCGUCCAAGUCGCUGUCGGUCUACGUGCGGGGGUCCGCGUCGGUCGUGUUGGAGACGGCGCUGGGCGAGUUGGAUUUGCGCGCGGUGCCGAUUGCGCUCGACGUGCCGGUUGACGGCAUGGAGAUCUUUGAGGGGCGCACGCUGGAGCAUCUCUCCGAGGGCGCGCUGGAGCAUCUGCGCGUGACAGACUUCGAGGAGGAAGACGUUCAGGCCUUCCACCUCUCCACGCGGCUGGUGAUUGAAAACAGCCACGACAUCGCCGUGCACCUCGGCCCCAUGGCCUUCGACGUGACCUACGAGGACGCGACGAUCGCGGCGGUCGUCCUGCCUGACUUCGCGAUGCUCCCCGGCCGAAACGAAGUCCGCCUUGAGGGCGUGGUCAAACCCGACGCGCUGGACGCCUUCAACAGACUCGCCUCCUCCUUCUUCCUCCAGAGUCAGUACACAGUCGGCGUGAAAGGCACCCCCACGUCGUCCCUUGCCUCGUCUGCCGCCUCGUCCGCCGCGUCAACUGCUGCCUCGUCUGCUGCGCCCGCGCCGGGCGGCGACGUGAGUGAGGCGGCGCUGCUGGCGAUUGCGCGCGCGGGCAUCCAGGGCCGCGCGCCUCAUUGGCUGCGCGAAGUCCUCGCGAAGGUCCAGUUCUCCGUCCCCGUAUCCGGCGCGUCCAUGUUGGGCUCCGCGACCGCAGCAGGGGGGGGAGCGGGCGCGCGCGCCGGAGACGCCGAGGCGACCGUCAACGACAUGGUGAAGCGCGUCGAGCUCGUCAGCAUCGACGUGGAUUUUAGCGGGCCGCGUGACCCCUUCGUCUCCGGCGAAGUACAAGUCUUCUACGAACUCCCCGAAAAAUUCAAAAUCCGACACGAGGUGGAGACUUUGUCGAGUGAAAUGACGAUCUUCCGGCAGCAGGACGCGGGAGGGAACCUGACGCGGCUCGGCUCGGUCGAGGUUAAGGACCUCGUCCCGCUGCAGGCGCGCCCGUCCACGUCCGCGUCGCCGUCGCGCGGCCUCGCUGCGGCGUCUGCGCUGUCGCAGAGACCUUCGGGCCUCGCUGCAGGGCGGCGCGAGGCGGCUGGCGACGAGGAGGCAGGUUCGGAGGAGCUGCGCGUGCACUUCAACGACAUGCGCCUCCGCGUCCACUCUGACCAGGCCAUGGCGGACGUCAUCUUCGCGAUGGUCAGCGACUCUGGCGAGCUGGAAGUUCUCCUCAGGGGCCACGCGAACUUGAGACUGAAGACUGCCGUCGGCUCGCUCGACCUCAGCCGCGUCCCCGUGAACCUGAAAAAGAGCUUCAAAUGCAUCGGGGGCUUGGAUCCAGAGACGGUGAAGAAUGCGUUUCAGAUGGAGAACUUUGGCAUCCAGGCCGGCAAAGCACACGGUUUGUUGGCGUCUGCGGACUUGCGGCUGUUCAUGCCGAAGGCAGUCGAUCAGUUCACGGUUCGACUGGGCAAGGUGACCCUGGAUCUUUUUACGCCGGUCUCGCGCGAGAAGCAGGAGCAACUCGGCGACUUUACGACGCUCUCCGCGGCGGCGCUCAAGCUUGUGGAGCCGCAUCCCGAGUUCGGCUACGUCGUCCAGGCAGGCAUGGUGCAGAUCGCGGACAUGUUUGUGCCGUCGAAUCGGCGCGGGCGCUUCAGGAGGCCGCACGUGGAGGUCGGGAGCGCCGCGGCUGGCGCGGCUGGCGCCGGCGACCCGUUUGAGAGCGCCGCGGCGGAGCUCGAGGCCGAGGCGGCGCGGGCGCGGCGCGCCGCGGUUCAGCGCAAAGAAGAUGACGGCUGGCUGGUCGGGAAGGCUGUGCUGCUGCGGCCCGUUGUCGACGUCGCGGGCGAAGAAGUUGCCAUUGGCACACGCGUGAUCAUGAGCAACUACAUGAACGGCCGCCCCAGCAAGCUGGUCAUCCGCGGCUCCUCCGAUAGCUCACAGAACCCGAUCCUCGCCGCUUUCUUGGAAAAAGUGGAAGUGCAGGUCGACCUUCCCGGCACGCAGCAAAAACUCAUCAAGGGCGUCAAGAUCUCCUUCAGGAACGGAAGGAACGAGGCUGACCCCAUGUCGGCGGUCAACUCCCUCCUCGCGCCGGUAAAUCCCGGUGGAGGUGCGAAUUUGCUGGUUGGGCUACCCGACCUAACUCGCGGACCCAUACAGCUACGAGGUCUUCCCUCCUUCAACUUCUUCGUGCCCGUGAUCGAGGCCGUGUCCAUCUAUGAGAAUCCCGUGAAGGUGCCGAUCAAGUUCUUCUACGCCGACAUCGAGACCUUCUACGAGGGACAGUCUCUGGGCGGCGUGGUGAUUGACAAGAACGACAAGCCGGACGUGAUUCCGCCGAUGCAAGUAUCGCACUCAACUCCCGUGCGUAUCGUCCCCAAGCUGCAAAAUACCAGCGCAGCGCUCGCCAUCGUCCGGAACAUUGUCUCCCGCGCGCGAAAGGAUGUCUCUAUCGACGCUAAGGGCGAGGUUCGCAUUGGCAUUCAGGACUUCCGCAUCGCAUUGGACGUUGAUAUGCAUGAUCUCGAAGUGACGUUCUAA